GGACACUCUGGUCUGAGUCUGGGAAAAUGACGUCCAGAAAAGUUGAUUCUACACCACAGACAAGAAAGAAUAGCGUGUCGCACAACCAUAGGUGCAUGGCCUACACUGAUUCCAGCGACAGCGACAACAAUAGCGAGGACAGUGAUGGACAGCGUACUGCUGGCUUUGGCUAUCCAGCCGCAAAACGGCGGAGAACAAAGGAAUCAACCAUGUUGGGUGUCUUUGGCAGUGAUUCGGAAGACGAGGAUACGCGACUGAUGGACAAGACGAUGCGCAAUAAGGCGCCUACGUUUCAACAAUCUAGCACAUUGGGCAGUGAAGAGGUAUUAGAGAGACACUCGCCGCCGCCCGCAUCUUUUGCACGAGCGACUCCUGUUAGCGCAAGUGCGACCAUACCUGCCAGUCGGCCUGCUGUACGACCAUCAGCAUUCGGCCAAUUCGAAGAUGAGCCCUCUGCAAAGACGCAGCAGCGUCAUUCCUUCGCGCAGACCAAUGCACCCAUGCACAAAAGCGACAAGCAAGCAGCAUCAAAACUCAAGUCAAGCAAAGGCGCGCGCAUGAUGGCCAUGAUGGGCUAUAAGGAAGGAACAGGCCUUGGUGUCGGCGAGUCGGGUAUUGUGAAUCCCAUUGAAGCGCAACAGCGCACAGAGGCUAAAGCUGGUCUUGGCGCCGGCGCUGAGGAUGAGCCAAAGCGAGAGAAAAGUAGAAAGCAUGGCAAAGCCCGGACAACACCGCUGAGUGGUACGUUGGAGGACGGAUAUGACAGAAGGAGCGACCAGCCGAAGCUCAAGUACAAGACUGCCCAAGAAGUGAUCAAAGAGGCCGGCGGCAAUUUGCCACUGCCACCGGCUCUUAGCAACUUGCUGGAUAUGACGGGCGAGCAGCCCAAGUUGAUUGUGGAUGGCGCUCAAAGAUUCACAACCGGUAGUGCCAAUCAAGCAAAUGAGGAAGCAGAUCGGUCUUUUCAACUGUCGCAGGUUGCGAGACGCGAAGUCGAGAUGCAAGCAGUCAAUUGGAAGACCCUGCAAGACCGGAAGCAGCACACUGAGCUUGAGAUUCGACGAUGUCGUCUAGAGAUGGAAUCGCUCAAGGCAGAUGUAGAGAAGCUUGAACAGCUGGUCUCGCAAUGCACAGCUCUUGACCUAGCUACAGAGGAUGACGAGGAGGAGAAGGCCUUUGCUGGAGCUUGCAAUCAGCUUGCCUCUCUUCGAUUUUCAACAGCCGACAGUGAGCGUUUCAAGCUCGAUCAACUUUGUCUGUCAAUUUUGGUUCCUAUGAUUCGGCGCAUGCUCCCUGCCUGGGAUCCUCUCAAGGAACCUGGCAAGUUUGAUGCCAUAUACAAGCUACGGCACAACCUGAGAGUGGCCGACAUGUUUGAUGAGUCCAUCACGUCGCUUCCUGGGAGAAACAGUACGUCUUGGGAGACAUUCAUGUACACAGUCUGGUUUCCGAAGAUACGAUCAGUUCUGAAUGUGACGGCGUGGCAGAUUGAAGACUCUCCUCGAGCAGUGACUUUGCUUGAACACUGGCAGGACUUGACUCCUCCUUUCCUCAAGGCACAGAUACUCUCACAGCUGAUCAGCAACAAGCUUGUCGCUACCAUCAAGGACUGGAAUCCGCGCAAGACCAGUCCAGGACCUCUGUCAUGGGUUUUCGAAUGGCUCCCUUAUUAUGGGCCCCAAGCAGUGGAGCUCAUGGAUCCGCUCAAGCAAAAGUUUGGCUCCAUUCUACGCAGCUGGCAAAGCAAGGAAGGAAAGCUAGCCGAUCUCAAGGAUUGGCAAAUGCUUCUUGGUGGGGCUACAGUACAAGCGAUGCUCGUCACGACCGUCUUGCCAAAACUCGCGUCGUCCUUGCGGCAUGACUUUGAAGUGGAUCCAGGCGACCAAGAGAUGAGCCUGCUUGAGAAUGUCCUUUCAUGGGCAACCGUCUUUGAUGCAUCCAUCAUGUCCAAGCUGCUUGAAGCGGAAUUAUUCCCAAAGUGGUAUGAAGUGCUGCAUCUUUGGCUCAGCAGCGAUGGGAAUUUUGAAGAAAUCAGUCAGUGGUACGAAUGGUGGCAAUCGGUCAUACCUCCUGCCGUUCUUGCCCAGCCAGAGGUCAAAGCUUGCUUCAAUCGGGGUUUGCAACUCAUGUCGCACGCACUUGAUCACGGCGCAGAUAAGCUACCAGCGUUGAAGGUCGGUCCACAAAAGCCUUUGGGCCACGCAGCAGAAGUCAAGCGUCAAUCGACGCAAAGGCAAAAGAAAAUAGCCACCGAGGCUAUCAAGACUUAUGCGGAUGAAGCGCAAGAUAUAACAUUCAAGGAUGCCGUGGAAUUCUGGUGCGAAGAGCAAGGGUUCUUCCUUAUUCCUCUGCGGCGUGCGCAUGAAGAAUCUGGCAAGAGCCUAUUCAAGCUCUCAGCCAGUCCUAAGGGACAAGGUGGCGUGACUGUAUACUUUCAAGGGGAUUUACUCAUGCUCGUCAAAAGCGAUCAGACAGUACCCGUUGGACUUGAGGAGGUUGGAGCGUUGCUGAAGAAGAGAUAGAGUCUAUCAUGGAGGGCAGCAGCGUAGCCUAGAAUAGUAGAAGUAACGUCCGACCCUG